AUGCCACCCCAAACGCAAAACAUCUACGACAACCCCGACUUCUUCACUGCGUACAGCACGCUCCCCCGCUCGCAACACGGGCUCAGGGGGGCUCCGGAAUGGCCCGUUCUGCGUGAUAUGGUUCUGAGCAAUAACAGCAACACCAAUGCCAACACCAGUAACACCAACCCCGAAACAACGAACGGACUACAAAACUGCAAAGUCCUUGAUCUGGGCUGCGGAUAUGGCUGGUUCAGCCGCUGGGCACGGGAUAGCGCGUGCGCAGACUUCGUUAGGGGGAUCGAUGUAUCAGAGCGGAUGAUUGAGCGGGCGAAGAAGUUCGACAGCGAUGACGGUGGUUAUGACAGUGCCCCGAAAUCCAAGCAUGUGAUAUCCUAUCAGCACCAUGAUCUGGAGACUCUCACCCUCGACCAAACCGAUCCCGAUACAUACCAUGUCGUGUAUAGCUCGCUGGCAUUCCACUACAUAUCGAAUCUGGGGAGUCUGUUCCGGCAGAUUCACGCGUGUUUGGUUAAGGGAGGUUCAAGUUCGGGUUCUCCAUGUCAAAACAAUUCUAAAAGAGGGAAGUUGGUUUUCUCGGUUGAGCAUCCUGUCUUCUCGGCGCCUGUAUACCCUCCGCAAGAGUGGAGGGAUAUUCCUGCUGUUGCUGCUGUGAAGGAGGAAGGAAGGGAGCGGGGUGAACAAGGCGAGGAAGAGAAAGGUACUACAUAUACCGUGUGGCCACUAAAUUCCUACUGUGAGGAAGGACUGCGCGAGACGAGCUGGUUAGGUUCCGAGAGAGUGAGGAAGUAUCAUCGCACGAUUGAAACGUAUGUUACGCUGCUGCUGGAGAGUGGGUUUGUGGUUACGGGACUGAAGGAGUGGGCGCCGUCGAGGGAGGAUGUGGCGGCGAAGAAGGAGUGGGAGAGGGAGAGGCAUCGGCCAUAUUUCUUGCUUGUUUCUGCGGAGCCUAGAUGCGACUAG